AUGUCGACCCCAUCUCCCAAGAAGAAACCCGAACACUUCGGUGAUUUCACAGCUGGCGAAAUGAAGCUGCUCAUGGCCAGUGUCCUCUGCACCGCGGGAAAGAUGGACACCGACAAGCUCGGAAAGCUGACCAACAUGAAAAGAAACUCGGCAGCAAGCCGAUUCCCAUCUGUCAAACGCAAGCUGGAAAAGAUGUUCGAGGAUCAGCUGGACACCCUAGGCGAGCAGACUGAAGCCGCUGGAAAGGACAAGGCUACACCCAAGAGUCGCGCGAAGAAGCGUCGUGAGAAAGUCGUGGAAUCACAGCCCGAGCCCGAGCCUGAGGUCAAGACCGAGGCCAAAUCUGAGAACAGUCGGGAGACUCCCGAGAAGAUCGAGAUCGAUGCUGAAUCCGAUGAUGAAGAUGUAGUGAAGCUCAAGCAGGAUCUUGUCAACACCAAGAACGAUCUUGACGACAUCAAGCCUGAGUCUAUCAAGCCUGAGCCUAUCGACUAA